UCUCGCCUGGUGCUGCUCAGGAGGGAAGGCUGGAGAGGCUUUGCUCCUAAGGAUAUUUACUGGAUGUUGCUGUGAGUAGGGGAGAGACAGAAGAAUACCCUCAAAAUGGAGGAAGAAGAAUAUGAGGAGGUUGUGGAGUACUACAUUGAAGAGACAGUUAUUGAAGAAGGUGAACCCCAUGAGGUGGUCACUGAGAUCACUGAGACUAUUAGCACAGACUUCACAGGUCCCAAAACAACCACCUACACAGCUGAGCCUGAAAAACCUGCUGCUGCUGCUGAAGAUACAGCAGCUCCAGUCAGAAAGAAGACAAUACGGACAAAAGUGGACGUGUCCAAGUUUUUGACCCCUUACCUGGAACACAGCAAGAAAAUGAAGGACCUGUUCAGUGAGAACAAGUACAAAGAAAAGUUCAUAAAAGAAAAAGGCAAACCAUAUGCUUCCACAAUUGAUACCCCAGAAAUCCGGAGAAUCAAGAAAGUGCAAGAGCAGCUCAGUGAGGUUAAAUACCGCAUGGCUGGGGAAGCUGCCAGAACUAUCUGCCACGUUGAUGAGAAGGCCAAGGACAUAGAACAUGCAAAGAAGGUGUCACAGCAAGUGAGCAAGGUAUUAUAUAAACAGAACUGGGAAGAGAAUAAGGACAAGUACCUGCUUCCCCCUGAUGCUCCGGAGCUUGUAAAUGCAAUAAAAAACACAGCAAUGUUCAGCAAGAAACUCUAUACUGAAGAAUGGGAAGGAGACAAAACAUUGUUCUAUCCCUACAACGACAGUCCAGAGCUCAGAAGGGUGGCAGAGGCUCAAAAGUCUCUGAGUGAUAUUGUCUACAAAAAAGGGCACGAUGAACGGAAAUUGAAAUUUACUUCUCUGCCAGAUCCACCUGAUGUGGAACAAGCCAAGAAAGUGACAAAGCAGCUGAGUGAUGUUAUUUACCACAAGGACUAUAAAACCAAUGUCAGAGGCAAGUGGAGCCAAACUCCAUGCUAUGAUGUUGCAGUUGCAAAAAUGAAUGCAGAAAAUCUAAGUAUGAGAAAAUACCAGGAAGACUUUGAAAACAUGAAAGACCAAAUCUACUUUAUGCAGACUGAGACUCCAGAAUAUGAAGCUAGUAAGCGAGCUUCAGAGAACAUCAGUAAGAAAAAAUACAAAGCAGACUAUGAGAAGAACAAAGCUAUUGCAGGAUAUAAUGUGCUUCCUGCUACAGACAACCCCAUGCUGAGGCAAUUUAAAGCUGCAGGAAACAUACUGAGUGAUAAAUUGUACAAAGAAGCCUAUGAGCAAUCCAGAGGAAACAGAAUGAAUUACUGUGACACCCCAAAGUUCCAGAUUGACAAUGCCAUGAAGAACUUCAGUGAUGUUAAAUAUAAAGAUUCCUACCAAAAGAAUAUUUUGGGACACUAUUUGGGCAGCUUUGAGGACCCACAUCACACACACUGCAUGCAAGUGGAAGCUAUGAAGAGUGAUAAAAAUUACAAAGCAGAUUAUGAGGAGGAAAAGACAAAAUGCUACUUCCCUCAGACCAUAACUCAAGAGUAUGAAGCCAUUAAGAAGUUGGAGCAAUGUAAAGAUCACACCUACAAAAAGCACCCUGAUCAAACCAAAUUUACUCAAGUGACCGACUCUCCAGUACAGAAACAAGCAGAGAUCAACACCAAACAGCUGAGUGAUAUACUGUAUAAAGCCAAAGGUGAAGAAGUUAUUCACAAGUAUCACCUCCCUCCAGAUGUGCCCCAGUUCAUACAGGCUAAAGUCAAUGCCUACAAUAUCAGUGAUAACUAUUACAAGGCUGGAUUGGAAGAAUUAAAAUCAAAAGGAUAUGAUCUAAAAAUUGAUGCUAUUCCCAUCCAAGCUGCCAAGGCUGCUAGACAGGCUGCAAGUGAUUAUAAAUACAAACAAGCCUAUGAAAAGGCUCGAGGGAAGCAGGUUGGGUUCAGAAGCCUGCAAGAUGACCCUAAGCUUGUCCACUACAUGAACGUAGCCAAGAUUCAGUCUGAUCGUGAGUACAAGAAAGACUAUGAGAAGACCAAGACUAACUACCAUACACCUCCAGACACAUACAGUGUCCAGGCUGCUAAACAUGCUCAGGAUGUGGCUUCCAACACCCACUAUAAAAACCUGAUCCAUCACUACACUUACCUGCCAGAUGCCAUGGCUGUGGAGCUUGCAAAGAAGACGAUGGAACUUCAGAGUGAUAAUGCCUACAAACAGGAUUACAACGGUUGGUUAAAGGGUAUUGGAUGGAGUCCCCUGGGUUCUCUGGAUGUUGAAAAAGCCAAAAAGGCUGGAGAAGCACUAAAUGAAAAGAAAUAUCGACAGCACCCUGCCACCCUGAAAUUUACAAGCUUAUGUGAUUCCAUGGCAAUGCUUCUAGCUCAGGACAACACCAAGAAACUGAACGAUAUAGCAUAUAAGAAAGAGGGUGAAAAAUUAAAGCACAAAUACACCCUGGAUCCUGAUGUUCCUCAGUUUAUUCAAGCCAAAGUCAACGCCUUCAAUCUGAGUGAUGCUAACUACAAAGCUGACUGGAAAAAAACCAUUGCCAAAGGCUACAACCUGAAGCCGGAUGCCAUUCCCAUUAUUGCUGCAAAAGCUUCUCGAAAUAUAGCAAGUGAUUACAAGUACAAGGAAUCUUAUGAGAAAGAUAAAGGCAAGCAGGUUGGGUACCGCAGCCUGCAGGAUGAUCCCAAACUUGUGCAUUACAUGCACGUGGCCAAGAUGCAGUCAGAUCGGGAGUACAAGAAGGGUUAUGAAGUCAGCAAGACCAAAUAUCACACUCCUUUGGAUAUGAUCAGCGUGACAGCUGCCAAGAAAGCCCAGGAAGCAGUGACCAACACUGGCUAUAAGCAGCUAAUUCACAACUACACACUCCUGCCUGAUUCUGUGAACCUGGAGCUAUCAAGAAAUGUGAUGCAGCUUCAGAGUGAUAAUGUGUACAAAGCAGAUUUCAAUAACUGGUUGAAAGGAGUUGGCUGGAUACCACUUCAGUCACUGGAUGUAGAAAAGGUCAAGAAAGCCACACAGAUCCUCAGUGAGAAGAAUUAUCGCCAGCACCCAGACCAGCUGAAGUUCUCUAUCCCAACAGAUGCAAUGGAGCAAGUGCUGGCCAAGCAAAAUGCCCAGACCAUGAACAAGAGACUCUACACUGAUAAAUGGGACAAGGAGAAGACCAAGAUCCAUGUUAUGCCAGAUACUCCAGAAAUUCUGCAGUCUAGAGUGAACCAGAUCACCAUGAGUAACAAACUUUACAAAGCAGCAUGGGAGGAAGACAAGAAGAAAGGUUAUGACUUGAAGCCAGAUGCUCUUCCAAUAAAAGCAGCCAAAGCCUCCAGAGAUAUUGCAAGUGAUUAUAAAUACAAACUAGCUUACGAAAAAGCGAAAGGGAAGCACAUUGGGUUCCGCAGCCUUGAAGAUGACCCCAAGCUGGUGCACUUCAUGCAGGUGGCUAAGAUGCAAUCUGAUCGUGAAUACAAAAAAGAUUAUGAGAAGGCAAAGACCAAUUUCCACACUCCAGUGGACAUGUUCAGUGUUGUGGCAGCCAAGAAAGCACAGGAAGUGGCUACGAAUGCCAACUACAAGAAUUUGAUCCAUACCUACAACGUUUUGCCAGAUGCUAUGAGUCUUGAGUUAGCCAAGAACAUGAUGCAGUUGCAAAGCGAUAAUCAGUACAAAGCAGAAUAUGCUGAAACCAUGAAAGGUGUUGGAUGGAUGCCACUGGGCUCCCUAGAAGCUGAGAAGAAUAAAAAGGCAAUGGAGAUUGUUAGUGAGAAGAAGUAUCGCCAGCAUCCAGACAAGCUGAAGUUUUCUGUUCCUAUGGAUUCCAUGAACAUGGUCUUAGCUUUAAACAAUGCUAAAAUCAUGGAUGAGCACAAGUACAAACAAGCCUGGGAAGAAGACAAGAAGAAAGUUCACAUCACCCCAGAUAUUCCACAGAUUGUUUUAGCAAAAGCAAAUGCAUUUAAUCUGAGUGAUAAAAUGUACAGGCUGUCAUUUGAAGAAUCUAGGAAGAAAGGCUAUGACCUCAGAGUUGAUGCUAUCCCUAUUAAAGCUGCCAAAGCUUCUAGGGACAUUGCUAGUGAUUAUAAAUACAAAUUAGGCUAUGAACAAGACAAAGGGAAACUUGUAGGCUUCCGUAGCCUUCAGGAUGACCCCAAACUUGUCCAUUACAUGCAAGUGGCCAAGAUGCAGUCUGAUAGGGAAUACAAGAAAGCCUAUGAGAUGGGCAAGACACAUUACCAAACGCCUUCCGACGCACUCAGCAUCGUGGCAGCCAAGGAGGCACAAGACCGCGUAACCAAUACCAACUACAAGAGGCUGAUCCACCAAUAUAUGCUGCUCCCAGAUGCCAUGAACUUAGAACUCUACAGAAACAUGAAUCAGAUACAAAGUGAUAAUGAGUACAAGCAGGAUUACAACGAGUGGUUCAAGGGGAUCGGUUGGAGUCCUAUUGGGUCUCUGGAGGUGGAGAAAUCCAAGAAAGCCACAGAGAUAGCAAGUGACCGGAAGUACCGCCAGCAUCCCAGCCUCUUCCCCUUCACCAAACAGACCGAUGCCAUGGACCUGGUCCUUGCCAAGCAGAAUGCAAAUAUCAUGAACAAACACGCUUAUACUCAAGCUUGGGAGAAGGAUAAAACUCAGGUUCACGUAAUGCCUGAUACACCAGACAUUCUACAGGCCAAACAGAACAAGACAAACUACAGUCAGAAACUAUACAAGCUUGGCUGGGAAGAAAUGAUCAAGAAAGGCUAUGACCUCACACCUGAAGCCAUGUCAGUGAAAGCUGCCAAAGCUUCAAGGGACAUUGCAAGUGAUUACAAGUACAAAGAAGGUUACCGCAAGCAGCAGGGACACCACAUUGGGUUCCGCAGCUUGCAGGAUGACCCAAAGAUGUUGUGGUCUAUGCAAGUAGCGAAGAUGCAGAGCGAGAGGGAGUACAAGAAAGACUUUGAGAAGUGGAAGACAAAGUUUAACAUGCCUGUGGACAUGUUGGGCUUCCUUCUGGCUAAGAAGUGCCAGGAACUGGUUAGUGAUGUAGACUACAAACAGAUACUCCACCGCUGGACUUGUCUGCCAGACCAGGUUGAUAUCACCGAGGCAAAGAGGGUCUACGACCAACAGAGUGAUAAUUUGUAUAAGUCAGAUCUACAAUGGCUCAAAGGCAUUGGAUGGAGUCCUUUGGGAUCUUUGGAAUCUGAAAAGAACAAGAAAGCUUCUGAAAUACUGAGUGAAAGGAAGUACAGGCAACACCCUGAUACUAUUAAGUUUACGAGUAUUCCAGAUGCCAUGGAUAUUGUCUUGGCAAAAUCUAAUGCCAAAAACAGAAGUGAUAUACUCUAUAAAGAAGCUUGGAACAAGGACAAGACUAAGAUUCAUAUCAUGCCUGAUACUCCUGAAAUUUUGCUGGCUAAAUCAAACUUGAUUAACACAAGUGAUAAACGUUACAAGUUGGGCUAUGAAGAACUAAAGAAGAAGGGCUAUGAUCUUCCUCCUGAUGCUAUACCCCUCCAGUCAGCAAAGGCAUCCAGAGACAUAGCUAGUGAAUACAAAUACAAAACUGCAUACAGAAAGCAGCUUGGCCACCACAUUGGAGCCCGCAACAUCGAGGACGAUCCCAAGAUGAUGUGGUCAAUGCACGUAGCCAAGAUCCAGAGUGACAGGGAGUACAAGAAAGCCUUUGAGAAAUCCAAGACCCACUUCAGUAGCCCAGUGGACAUGCUGGGAAUUGUGUUGGCCAAGAAAUGUCAGGAGCUGGUCAGUGAUGUUGAUUACAAGCACCCUCUGCAUCGCUGGACCUGCCUGCCGGACCAGAACGAUGUUAUCCACGCUAAGACAGCCUAUGACCUCCAGAGUGAUAAUGUCUACAAGUCUGACCUUAUGUGGCUGAGGGGCAUUGGCUGGUCCCCAAUUGGUUCCCUGGAUGCUGAGAAGAACAAGAGGGCGAGCGAGAUCCUGAGUGACAAGAAGUACCGGCAGCACCCAGACACCAUCCGAUUCACCAGCCUGCCUGACUCCAUGCCCAUGGUUCUGGCAAAGCACAACUCUGCAAUUAUGGACCAGCGUGCAUACACCUCAGCCUGGGAGAAAGACAAGACCAAGGUCCACAUCAUGCCAGACACACCAGGGAUUUUGCUAGCCCAGCAGAACAAAGUGAACUACAGUGAGAAACUGUACAAGCUUGCGAUGGAGGAGGAGAAGAAAAAGGGCUACGACUUGCGGGCAGAUGCCAUUCCUAUCAAGUCUGCUAAAGCCUCCAGAGACAUUGCAAGUGAUUACAAGUACAAGGAAGGCUACCGCAAGCAGCUUGGCCACCACAUCGGAGCCCGGAACAUCGAGGACGAUCCCAAGAUGAUGUGGUCAAUGCACGUAGCCAAGAUCCAGAGUGACAGGGAGUACAAGAAAGCUUUUGAGAAGACCAAGACUCACUUCAGUAGCCCAGUGGACAUGCUGGGAAUUGUGUUGGCCAAGAAAUGUCAGGAGCUGGUCAGUGAUAUUGAUUAUAAGCACCCUCUACGUCGGUGGACCUGCCUGCCAGACCAGAAUGACAUAGUCCAAGCCAGGAAAGUGUAUGACCUUCAGAGUGAUAAUGUCUACAAGUCUGACCUUAUGUGGCUGAGGGGCAUUGGCUGGUCCCCAAUUGGUUCCCUGGAUGCUGAGAAGAACAAGAGGGCGAGCGAGAUCCUGAGUGACAAGAAGUACCGGCAGCACCCAGACACCAUCCGAUUCACCAGCCUGCCUGACUCCAUGCCCAUGGUUCUGGCAAAGCACAACUCUGCAAUUAUGGACCAGCGUGCAUACACCUCAGCCUGGGAGAAAGACAAGACCAAGGUCCACAUCAUGCCAGACACACCAGGGAUUUUGCUAGCCCAGCAGAACAAAGUGAACUACAGUGAGAAACUGUACAAGCUUGCGAUGGAGGAGGAGAAGAAAAAGGGCUACGACUUGCGGGCAGAUGCCAUUCCUAUCAAGUCUGCUAAAGCCUCCAGAGACAUUGCAAGUGAUUACAAGUACAAGGAAGGCUACCGCAAGCAGCUUGGCCACCACAUUGGAGCCCGGAACAUUGAGGACGAUCCCAAGAUGAUGUGGUCAAUGCACGUAGCCAAGAUCCAGAGUGACAGGGAGUACAAGAAAGCUUUUGAGAAGACCAAGACUCACUUCAGUAGCCCAGUGGACAUGCUGGGAAUUGUGUUGGCCAAGAAAUGUCAGGAGCUGGUCAGUGAUGUUGAUUACAAGCACCCUCUGCAUCGCUGGACCUGCCUGCCAGACCAGAACGAUGUUAUCCAUGCUAAGACAGCCUAUGACCUCCAGAGUGAUAAUGUCUACAAGUCUGACCUUAUGUGGCUGAGGGGCAUUGGCUGGUCCCCAAUUGGUUCCCUGGAUGCUGAGAAGAACAAGAGGGCGAGCGAGAUCCUGAGUGACAAGAAGUACCGGCAGCACCCAGACACCAUCCGAUUCACCAGCCUGCCUGACUCCAUGCCCAUGGUUCUGGCAAAGCACAACUCUGCAAUUAUGGACCAGCGUGCAUACACCUCAGCCUGGGAGAAAGACAAGACCAAGGUCCACAUCAUGCCAGACACACCAGGGAUUUUGCUAGCCCAGCAGAACAAAGUGAACUACAGUGAGAAACUGUACAAGCUUGCGAUGGAGGAGGAGAAGAAAAAGGGCUACGACUUGCGGGCAGAUGCCAUUCCUAUCAAGUCUGCUAAAGCCUCCAGAGACAUUGCAAGUGAUUACAAGUACAAGGAAGGCUACCGCAAGCAGCUUGGCCACCACAUUGGAGCCCGGAACAUCGAGGACGAUCCCAAGAUGAUGUGGUCAAUGCACGUAGCCAAGAUCCAGAGUGACAGGGAGUACAAGAAAGCUUUUGAGAAGACCAAGACUCACUUCAGUAGCCCAGUGGACAUGCUGGGAAUUGUGUUGGCCAAGAAAUGUCAGGAGCUGGUCAGUGAUGUUGAUUACCGUCAUUAUCUGCACCAAUGGACCUGCCUGCCAGACCAGAAUGAUGUUAUCCAUGCUAAGACAGCCUAUGACCUGCAGAGUGACAACUGCUACAAGUCUGACCUUGAAUGGUUACGGGGCAUUGGUUGGGUCCCAAUUGGGUCCUUGGAAGUUGAAAAAGCCAAGAAAGCAGGAGAGAUCCUGAGUGAUAAAAUAUACCGUCAGCCUCCAGACACCAUCAAAUUCACCAGUGUCCCUGAUUCUCUAGAGAUGGUCUUGGCCAAGCAGAAUGCACAGACCAUGAAUAAGCGUUUGUAUACUGAGGCCUGGGAUAAAGACAAGACCCAGAUCCACGUAAUGCCUGACACACCUGAAAUCACUCUGGCCAAACAGAACAAGCAGAACUACAGUGUGAAACUCUACAAACAGGCAAUGGAGGAAGACAAGAAGAAAGGCUAUGAUCUCAGAAUUGAUGCAAUCCCCAUCCAAGCUGCCAAAGCAUCCAGGCAAAUUGCCAGUGAUUACAAGUACAAGGAAGGCUACCGCAAGCAGCUUGGCCACCACAUUGGAGCCCGGAACAUCGAGGACGAUCCCAAGAUGAUGUGGUCAAUGCACGUAGCCAAGAUCCAGAGUGACAGGGAGUACAAGAAAGCUUUUGAGAAGACCAAGACUCACUUCAGUAGCCCAGUGGACAUGCUGGGAAUUGUGUUGGCCAAGAAAUGUCAAAGCUUGGUCAGUGACGUCGAUUAUCGCCACUAUCUGCACCAAUGGAUCUGCCUGCCAGACCAGAACGAUGUUAUCCAUGCCAGGAAAGCCUAUGACCUGCAGAGUGAUAACUGCUACAAAUCUGACCUUGAAUGGUUGAGAGGUAUUGGUUGGGUCCCAAUUGGGUCCUUGGAAGUUGAAAAAGCCAAGAAGGCAGGAGAGAUCCUGAGUGAUAAAAUAUACCGUCAGCCUCCAGACACCAUCAAAUUCACCAGUGUCCCUGAUUCUCUAGAGAUGGUCUUGGCCAAGCAGAAUGCAGAGACCAUGAAUAAGCGUUUGUAUACUGAGGCCUGGGAUAAAGACAAGACCCAGAUCCACGUAAUGCCUGACACACCUGAAAUCACUCUGGCCAAACAGAACAAGCAGAACUACAGUGUGAAACUCUACAAGCAGGCCAUGGAGGAAGACAAGAAGAAAGGCUAUGAUCUCAGAAUUGAUGCAAUCCCCAUCCAAGCUGCCAAAGCAUCAAGGCAAAUUGCCAGUGAUUACAAGUACAAGGAAGGCUACCGCAAGCAGCUUGGCCACCACAUCGGAGCCCGCAACAUCGAGGACGAUCCCAAGAUGAUGUGGUCAAUGCACGUAGCCAAGAUCCAGAGUGACAGGGAGUACAAGAAAGCUUUUGAGAAGACCAAGACUCACUUCAGUAGCCCAGUGGACAUGCUGGGAAUUGUGUUGGCCAAGAAAUGUCAAAGCUUGGUCAGUGACAUCGAUUAUCGCCACUAUCUGCACCAAUGGAUCUGCCUGCCAGACCAGAACGAUGUUAUCCAUGCCAGGAAAGCCUAUGACCUGCAGAGUGAUAACUGCUACAAAUCUGACCUUGAAUGGUUGAGAGGUAUUGGUUGGGUCCCAAUUGGGUCCUUGGAAGUUGAAAAAGCCAAGAAGGCAGGAGAGAUCCUGAGUGAUAAAAUAUACCGUCAGCCUCCAGACACCAUCAAGUUCACCAGUGUCCCUGAUUCUCUAGAGAUGGUCUUGGCCAAGCAGAAUGCAGAGACCAUGAAUAAGCGAUUAUACACUGAAGCAUGGAAUAAAGAUAAGACCACCAUUCACGUCAUGCCUGACACACCAGAAAUCCUGCUAGCCAAACAAAACCAAGUAAUCUACAGUCAGAAAAUGUACAAACUAGCUUUGGAGGAAUCGAAGAAGAAGGGUCAUGAUCUGCGUUUUGAUGCCAUUCCUAUUCAAUCUGCCAAAGCCUCCAGAGAGAUUGCCAGUGAUUACAAGUACAAGGAAGGCUACCGCAAGCAGCUUGGCCACCACAUCGGAGCCCGCAACAUCGAGGACGAUCCCAAGAUGAUGUGGUCAAUGCACGUAGCCAAGAUCCAGAGUGACAGGGAGUACAAGAAAGCUUUUGAGAAGACCAAGACUCACUUCAGUAGCCCAGUGGACAUGCUGGGAAUUGUGCUGGCCAAGAAAUGUCAGGAGCUGGUCAGUGACAUCGAUUAUCGCCACUAUCUGCACCAAUGGAUCUGCCUGCCAGACCAGAACGAUGUUAUCCAUGCCAGGAAAGCCUAUGACCUGCAGAGUGAUGCUGUUUACAAAGCAGACCUGGAAUGGCUGAAAGGUAUUGGAUGGGUUCCUAUUGGCUCCAUGGAAGUUGAGAAAGCCAAGAGAGCUGGAGAAAUCCUGAGUGAAAGGAAGUAUCGUCAACCAGCAGACCAAAUUAAAUUUACUAGUGUGACAGAUUCUUUGGCCAUGGUCUUAGCCAAGCAAAAUGCUGAGACUAUGAACAAGCGUUUGUACACCGAAGCCUGGGAUGCAGACAAAACGUCGAUCCACGUCAUGCCUGACACGCCAGCCAUCCUGUUAGCCAAGGCCAACGCAGCCAACAUCAGCAACAAACUCUAUGUACAAGCCUGGGAAGAGGCCAAGAAGAAGGGUUAUGACAUGAGAGCUGAUGCAAUUCCGAUCCAAAGUGCAAAGGCAUCAAGAGAUAUUGCAAGUGAUUACAAGUACAAACUGACCCACGAGAAGGAGAAAGGCCACUACGUUGGGUGCAAAACUGCCCAGGAGGACCCCAAGCUGGCACUGGCAGCACGUGCCAUGAUGCUGCAGAACGACCGACUCUACAAGAAGGCCUACAAUGACUCCAAGACCCAGAUCCACUUGCCAGUGGACAUGCUGGCAGUGCAGGCAGCCAAGGAGUGCCAGACACUGGUCAGUGACAUUGACUACCGCCAGUACCUUCACCAGUGGACCUGUCUGCCUGACCAGAACGAUGUGAUCCAUGCGAGGCAGGCCUAUGACCUACAGAGUGAUAACGUGUACAAGGCAGACCUGGAAUGGUUGCGAGGCAUCGGCUGGUUGACAGAAGGUUCUGUUGACGUGGUCAAAGCAAAGAAAGCCCAGGAGCUCCUGAAUGAGAGGCUGUACCGCACGCGGCCGGAGGAGCUGAAAUUCACCAGCAUCACCGACACGCCAGACGUUGUCCGGGCGAAGAUCAACGCUGCACAGAUCAGUGAUCGUCUGUAUCGUGAAGCCUGGGAUAAAGACAAGACACAGAUUUCUGUGCCCUCUGAUACCCCUGUAAUGCUGCAGUCCAAAGUCAACGCUCUCAACAUCAGCAAUAAACAUUAUCAGAAGGCCUGGGAUGAGGCCAAGGCCAAAAGCUAUGACAUCAGAGCUGAUGCCAUUCCCAUCAAACAUGCCAAGGCUUCCAGAGACAUUUGUAGUGAGUACAAGUACAAACUGACCCACGAGAAGGAGAAAGGCCACUACGUUGGGUGCAAAACUGCCCAGGAGGAUCCCAAACUGGCACUGGCAGCACGUGCCAUGAUGCUGCAGAACGACCGACUCUACAAGAAGGCCUACAAUGACUCCAAGACCCAGAUCCACUUGCCAGUGGACAUGUUGGCAGUGCAGGCAGCCAAGGAGUGCCAGACACUGGUCAGUGACAUUGACUACCGCCAGUACUUUCACCAGUGGACCUGUCUGCCUGACCAGAACGAUGUGAUCCAUGCGAGGCAGGCCUAUGACCUACAGAGUGAUGCUGUCUACAAGUCAGACUUGGAAUGGCUCCGUGGAAUUGGCUGGCUGCCUAAUGAUUCCCCAGAGAUUAAGAGAGUGAAGCAGGCCCAGGAUCUCCUGAGUGACAAUGUGUAUCGCACGCCGAUUGACAGCCUGAAGUACACCAGUGUGGUUGAUUCUCCAGAUGUUCUUCUAGCCAAAACCAACGCUGAGCAAGUCAGCAUUCAAAAAUACAAAGAAGCCUGGGAGAAGGACAAGACUAUGAUCCAUAUUAUGCCAGACACACCUGAAAUCAACCUAGCCAGGAGUAAUGCUGUUAACUGCAGCAAGAAAAUGUAUAUAAAAGAUUGGGAUGAGCUGAAGACCAGCUAUGAUUUGAGGGCAGAUGCAAUCCCCAUCAAGACAGCCAAAGCAUCUCGAGAAAUCGCUAGUGACUACAAAUACAAACUGGAUCACGAGAAGCAGAAAGGACAUUACGUUGGAGUUCCAAACGCAAAGGAAGACGCCAAAAUGCAGUUUGCCCUCGGCAUAGGCAAAGUUCAGAGCGAUCUGGAGUACAAGAAGCACUUUGCCAAAUGGAAGACACAGUGUCACCUGCCAGUAGACAUGCUGUCCAUCGUUCAGGCCAAGCAGGGUCAGGCUUUGGUCAGUGACAUCGACUACCGGCAUUACUUGCGUCAGUGGAUCUGCCUCCCGGAUCAGAACGAUGUCAUACAUGCUAGGAAAGCCUACGACCUCCAGAGCGAUGCUGUUUACAAAUCUGAUUUAGAAUGGCUGCGGGGUAUUGGAUGGCUGCCCAAUGAUUCAGUUGGAAUCAACCAUGUCAAAUAUGCUGGAGAUCUCUUGAAUGAGAGAAAGUAUCGUACCAAAGCUGAAACCCUUCCGUUUACUCCAGUGGCAGACAGAGUUGAUUAUAUCACAGCAAAGAAUAGUGGUGAAAUUCUUAGUCAGAUUAAAUACCACAAAGCAUGGAACGAGGCCAAGUCACAUUAUACUCUGACAGAUACACCACAGCUGGAUAUGGCUCGAGAGGCAGCCAGAAUUCUUAAUCAGAAUUUAUACAAGGAAAACUGGGAGAAAGAAAAAGCCACUGGUUACCUCUUACCUCCUGACAGUGUGCAGAUCUCUCAUGCCAAACGCUCAAAUGAGGUCCAAAGUGAGCUUAAAUACAAAGCUGAGUACGUCAAACAGAGAGGGCACUACGUCGGAGUUCCCAGUAUGAGAGAUGAUCCCAAGCUGGUGUGGUUUGAGCACGCAGGCGAGAUCCAGAAUGACAGGUUGUACAAGGCAGACUAUCAGAAAACAAAGUCCAAAAUCCACAUCCCAGCAGACAUGGUGUCAGUUGUAGCAGCAAAGGAAGGUCAGAACCUGGUGAGCGACAUUGAGUACCGCCAGUACCUGCGUGAAUGGACUUGCCACCCUGACCAGAACGACUGCAUCCAGGCGAGGAAGGCCUAUGACCUGCAAAGUGAUAAUGUUUAUAAAUCUGAUUUGGAAUGGCUUCGUGGCAUUGGCUGGAUUCCUCUGGAUUCGGUGGAACAUAAGAAAGUUAAGAAUGCACAAGAGCUGAUAAAUAAGAGAUCAUACACAAAAGAAGCCCUUGAGAACUUCUCCAAAUAUACCAGUGUGGUUGACACUCCUGACAUUGUUUUGGCAAAGAUGAACUCUGUCAAUCAAAGCGAUCUAAAAUACAAAGAGACAUUUAACCUUGAGAAAGGUCAAUAUAUUGGGUCUGAUGAUACUCCUGCACUGAACCAUGCCAAGGACAUGGCCUUACUCUACAGUGAUAAACUCUACAAAAAAGCUUGGGAAGUCAGCAAGCCCAUUGGAUAUACCCUGGAUGAGAAAUACAUUCCAGUGGUAGGAGCCAAGCAUGCAAACUACAUCAACAGUGAGGUCAGUUAUAAGGCCAUAUAUGAGAAGCUGAAAGGCCAUUACCUGGCUGGGAAGGAGAUUGGUGAUUUCCCCAGCGUGGUUCACUCCCUGGAAUUCCAGAAAAUAAGGAGCGCGUUGGCAUACAGGAAGAAUUAUGAGGACACCAAGACAAAUGUCCAUAUUCCAAGUGACAUGAUGAACCACGUGCUAGCCAAGAAGUGCCAGUACAUCCUCAGUGACCUUGAAUACCGACAUUACUUCCAUCAGUGGAGCUGUUCACCUGAAGAGAAUGAUGUUAUCCAAGCCAGAAAAGCCCAGGAAAUUUUGAGUGAUGUGGUGUAUAAAGAUGAUUUGAACUGGCUGAAAGGAAUUGGAUGUUAUGUCUGGGAUACUCCACAAAUCGUGCAGGCAAAGAAAUCCUAUGAUCUCCAGAGCCAAAUAAAAUACACAGCUGCAGGAAAAGAGAAUCUUCAGAACUUUGGUGUUGUUACUGACACCCCUGUCUAUGUGACUGCAGUGCAGAGUGCUAUCAAUGCCAGUGAUGUGAAAUACAAGGAGGAUUAUCACAAAAAUAAAGACAAGUACACACCUGUGGCUGAAACAGUGGAGUCUGAAAGAGUUCAAAGUUUGAAACAUCUUUUCAGCAGUAACCUGUACAAAAAAGCCUGGGACAAAGUGAAAGCCACUGGCUAUGUAUUGCCCUCUGAUGCUGUACCCCUGGCACGUGCAAAAGAACUGAAGCACAAUGCUAGCAUUGUAAAAUACAGAGAAGAAUAUGACAAGUUUAAAGCACUCUACACGCUGCCCAGAGGUGUUGAGGAUGACCCCAACACAGCAAGGUGCCUUCAAGUUGGAAAGCUUAAUAUUGAUCGUCUCUACAAGGAAGCCUACGAAAAGAGCAAGGCCAAAGUCCACAUCAUUCCAGACAUGGUGGACAUCAUAUCUGCUAAGGAUGCGCAGAAGAAGAUCAGUGAAAUUGACUACCGCACACAUCUCCAUGAGUGGAUCUGUCUGCCAGAUCUCCAGGUCAAUGCCCAUGUCAGGAAAGUGACGGAUCAGCUCAGUGAUGUGAUAUACAAGGAUGAUCUGAACUGGCUGAAAGGCAUUGGCUGCUUUGUUUGGGACACUCCAGAGAUUCUCCAUGCCAAACAGGCCUACGAUCUGCGCAGUGACAUUAAGUACAAAUCCAAGGCAGAAAAAAUGAAGAGUAAAUUCACUGUGGUCGUGGACACUCCUGUCUAUGUCCAGAAUGUCCUCAGUGGCUUGAAUUUAAGUGAAGCUGUCUACCGUAGUGAAUAUCAGCACAACGUUAAAGGCAAAAUGAUUCCCACAGAUAAAACAGUGGAUUUGGAGCGGGCAUAUAAUGCAAACAAAAUACAGAGUGAGAAUUUGUAUCGCUGGGCUGGUAUAAAUGCUCUCCCCACUGGAUACAGCCUUCCCACAGACACCCCCAGCUUCCAGCAUGCUAAACAUGUCCAGUACAUAGGCAGUGAUCUGAAGUAUAAAGAAGCCUAUGAACACAUGAAAGCUAAAGGCUAUACUCUGGGACCUAAAGAUGUUGGGUUUGAAAAUGUGAAGAAAGUGAAUCAAGUCAUUAAUGAGAGGUUGUAUCGGGCAACGUACCACAAGAACAAGGACAAGAUCCACACCACGCCAGACACCCCAGAAAUCCGUCAAGUCAGAGCAACCCAGGAAGCUGUCAGCGAUCUGAUCUACAAGUCAGACUUCUUUAGGAUGCAAGGACAUUUGAUUUCCUUGCCAUACACUCCUCAGGUGUUGCACUGCCGCUAUGCUGGGGACAUCAUAAGUGAUAUUAAAUACAAAGAGGACCUGACGUGGUUGAAGGGCUUGGGUUGCUUCCUGUAUGAUACUCCUGAUAUGGUUCGUGCUCGCCACCUGCGUAAGCUUUGGUCUAAUUACAUAUACACUGACACUGCCAAGAAGAUGUGGCCUAAAUACAAAGUGGUGUUGGAUACUCCUGGAUACAGAGCAGUUCAGGAACUAAAAACUCACUUGAGUGAACUGGUUUACAGAGCUGCAGGCAACGAGGUGAAGACAAAGUACACUUCCAUCCUUGAUACACCUGACCUCUUAAGAGCCAAGGAAGGACAAAAGAUACAGAGCCAGUACUUGUAUGUGGAACUUGCCACAAAAGAGAGACCCCACCACCAUGCUGGUAAUCAGACUCAAGCCUUAACACACGCCAGGCAUGUCAAGGACAUGAUCAGUGAGAAAAAGUACAAAAUCCAGUAUGAGAAGAUGAAGGACAGAUACACACCUGUCCCUGACACACCAGUCUUGAUCAGAGCCAAGAGAGCCUACCUGAAUGCCAGUGAUCUGCGCUACAAAGAAACCUUUGAGAACACAAAGGGCAAAUACCACACAGUGAAAGAUGCUUUGGACAUUGUCUACCAUCGGAAGGUCACCGAUGACAUCAGCAGUGUGAAAUAUAAAGAAAAUUACAUGAGCCAGUUAGGAAUCUGGAGAUCAAUCCCAGACCGUCCGGAACAUUUCCAUCAUCGCGCAGUCACAGAUGCUAUUAGUGAUGUUAAAUACAAAGAAGACUUAGAAUGGCUCAGGGGCACUGGCUGUUAUGCAUGGGACACUCCAAGUUUUGUUCUGGCAGAAAAGAAUAAGGUGCUCUACAGUGGGUGUAAGUACAAGGAGCUGUUUGAGAAGACCAAGUCAAAUUUUAAGUAUGUUGCUGACUGUCCAAUUAAUGAGCAUGUUAAAUAUGCAACUCAGCUGAUGGAUGGGAAAUUGUAUAAAGCUGCCUAUGAGAAGCUCAAAGAUAGGUACAGCGUUAUUGUGGAUGAUCCUAGGAAUCUCCUGGCCAAGUGGGGGACCAGACUGAGCAGUCAGAGAAAGUAUAAAUCCUUUGCCAAGAUGCUCCAGCAACAAGGAUGUAAUGAAAUUCUGAGGCCAGAUAUGCUGACAGCACUCUACAAUACUUACUUAUGGAGCCAGGUCCAAUACAAAAAGGACUAUGAAAAGAAGAAAGACAAAUAUACAACAGUUGUGGAUACUCCAGAAUACCUAAGGACUACAAAAGUCAACAAACAGAUUAGUGAUAUUAUUUACAAGCUGGAAUAUAACAAAGCAAAACCCAGAGGCUAUACCACCAUCCAGGACACCCCCAUGUUACUGCAUGUACGCAAGGUCAAGGACAGAAUAAGUGAUCUGAAAUACAAAGAAGUGUAUGAGAGGAAUAAAUCUCACUGCAAUGUCAAAAUCGAUUCGGUUCAUAUUGAGACCCCAAGGCACAGUUACAAGCUGAACAGCAAUUUGGAUUAUAAGAAGAAAUAUGAAGCAGCCAAGGCCCACUGGCACUGGAUUGCUGACAGGCCUGACUUUGUUCAAGCAGCCAAGUCAUCUCUGCAGCAAAGUGAUUAUGAAUACAAACUGGACCGGGAAUUCCUAAAGGGAUGCAAGCUCUCUGUCACGGAUGAUAAAAACACAGUGUUGGCCUUAAAUAAUGCCAUCCUGGCCAGUGAUAUAAAAUACAAAGAGAAGCACAACAAAGCUCGAGGAACCUACCACGUUGUUCCAGACACACCUCAGAUCCUCCUGGCUAAGAAUGUCAGCUCUCUGGUAUCUGAGAACAAAUACAAAGAACAUAGCAAGAAGCAGCUUCCACAUGGGUCUUUCACAACCCUGCCAGAGACAAGAGACACUGUUCAUGUGAAAGAAGUGACCAAGAAUGUCAGUGAGACAAACUAUAAGAAGAAGUUUGUGAAGGAGAAGGGCAAGUCUAAUUACUCUGUCAUGCUGGAGCCUCCUGAGGUGAAGCAUGCCAUGGAAGUUGCUAAAAACCAGAGUACAGUUGAAUACAAGAAAGAUGCCAAGUCAAAGCUCCACUACACACCUAUUGCAGAUCGACCAGACAUUAAGAAAGCAACUCAAGCUGCCAAGUUAAUUAGUGACAUUGAGUAUAAGAAACGUGGAGGAGCUGGCAUUGGUGUAAGCAUGCUGGGACGUCCAGAUAUUGAACUGGCAAAAGAGGUGUCCAAGCUAACAAGCCAGGUGAAAUACAAGGAGAACUUUGCCAAAGAGCUGGGUAAAAAGCCCAAAUAUGAUUUGAAAGAGGCUAAAAUCUACAAGACCAUGAAAGAUGCUCACAACAUGGCUAGUGAGGUGAAAUACAAGGCAGAUUUGAAGAAGCUUCAUAAGCCUGUCACAGACAUGUCUGGGUCCCUGAUCAUGAACCACGUCCUGAGCACGAGCCAGCUGGCCAGUACCUACCAGUACAAGAAGCAGUAUGAGAAGAGUAAGGGUCACUACCAUGUGGUGCCAGAUAAUCUUGAGCAGGUUCAUCUAAGGGAGGCAUCAGAACUACAGAGCCACGUGAAAUACAAAGAAAAGUAUGAGAAGGAAAAAGGAAAACCUAUGCUGGACUUCGAAACUCCAACAUACCUUACUGCAAAGGAAUCUCAACUCAUGCAGAGUGAGAAAGAAUAUAAGAAGGACUUUGAAGAGUCCAUUAAGGGCAGGAACCUUACUGGCUUGGAGAUUACACCAUCCUUAUUACAUGUCAAAUAUGCAACCAAAAUAGCAAGCGAGAAAGAGUACAGGAAGGAUCUGGAGGAAGGUGUCAAAGGUAAAGGACUAACAGCUUUAGAGGAGACUCCAGACAUGUUAAGAGCGAAGAAUGCAACUCAAAUCCUGAAUGAGAAAGAGUACAAAAAAGCCUUGGAAUUAGAAAUCAAAGGCAAAGGGCUGACAGAACUGGCUUUGGAGACACCAGAUUUUGUGAGAGCAAAGAAUGCCACUGACAUUGCCAGCCAGAUCAAAUACAAACAGCUGGCAGAAAUGGAGAAAGCCAACUUCACCAGUGUGGUUGAUACUCCAGAGAUUGUUCAUGCCCAGCAGGUCAAGGACCUCUCCAGCCAGAAAAAGUAUAAGGAAGAUGCAGAAAAGACUAUGCCAUAUUAUGUGCCUGUGGCAGACACUCCAGAAAUGCAGAGAGUCCGUGAGAAUCAGAAGAACUUCAGCACACUUCAGUACCAGUGGGACCUCCAGAACAGUAAAGGCAAAGUCACAGUUGUACAAGACACCCCAGAAAUGCUGCGUGUGAAGGAAAACCAGAAGAAUUUCAGCUCGAUUUUAUAUAAAGAAGAUACUGGACCUGGAACUACUAUUGAAAAGACCCCAGAGAUGCAGAGAGUUAAACGAACCCAGGAUGCAAUCAGCUCGAUUAAGUACAAGGAGAGUAUUGGAAAAGGAACUCCCAUUCCUGACCUUCCAGAGGUGAAGCGUGUCAAGGAGACCCAGAAGCACAUCAGCUCGGUGUUGUACAAAGAAGACCUAGGGACAGGUACCCCCACGCCUGUCACUCCCGAAAUAGAGCGAGUCAGACGCAAUCAAGAACACAUUAGCUCGGUGUUAUACAAAGAGGGCCUGGGGACUGGCACCCCAACACCGAUCACUCCAGAGAUGGAGAGAGUCAAACGUAAUCAAGAGAACAUAAGCUCGGUGUUGUACAAAGAGGGGCUGGGCAUUGGCACCCCAGUGCCUGUCACUCCUGAGAUGGAGAGGGUCAAACGCAACCAAGAGAACUUUAGCUCGGUGUUGUACAAAGAGGAUCUAGGGACAGGCACCCCAACCCCUGUCACUCCUGAGAUUGAAAGAGUCAAACGCAAUCAAGAAAUCUUUAGCUCGGUGUUGUACAAGGAGGAUCUGGGGACAGGCACCCCGGUACCUGUCACUCCUGAGGUUGAGAGAGUCAAACGCAAUCAGGAGCAGCUUAGCUCGGUGUUGUACAAAGAGAGCGUGGGGACUGGGACCCCCACUCCUGUCACCCCAGAGAUGGAGAGGGUCAAACGCAAUCAAGAAAUCUGUAGCUCGGUGUUGUAUAAAGAAAACAUAGGGAAAGCCACCCCAACCCCUGUCACUCCUGAGAUGGAAAGAGUCAAACGCAAUCAAGAGAUCAUUAGCUCGGUUUUGUACAAAGAAAAUGUGGGGAAGGUGACCCCGACCCCAAUGACUCCAGAGAUGGAGAGAGUCAAACGCAAUCAAGAAAUCAUUAGCUCGGUGUUGUACAAAGAGAACUUGGGGCGAGCAACCCCCACACCUGUCACUCCAGAGAUGGAGAGAGUCAAACGCAACCAGGAACACAUUAGCUCGGUUGUGUACAAAGAAGGCUUAGGGAAGGCAACCCCCACAGCGGUGACUCCAGAGAUGGAGCGAGUCAAACGCAACCAGGAACACAUCAGCUCGGUUUUGUACAAGGAGCAGAUGGCCAAAGGGACCCCAACCCCGCUGACUCCAGAGAUGGAGAGAGCUAAACGCAACCAGGAGAACAUCAGCUCGGUUCUUUACUCAGAUAGCUUCCGAAAACAAGUCCAAGGCAAAGCUGCCUACGUGCUGGACACACCUGAAAUGCGGCGUGUGCGGGAGACCCAGAAGCACAUCUCCACAGUGAAAUACCAUGAAGACUUUGAGAAGAGCAAAGGCAGCUUCACCCCUGUGGUGACCGAUCCCAUCACGGAGCGGGUGAAGAAGAACAUGCAGGACUUCAGCGACAUCAGCUACAGAGGCAUCCAGCGGCGCGUGGUGGAGAUGGAGCGCAAGCGCGUGGACCAGGACCAGGAGAACCUCACAGGCCUUCGUGUGUGGCGCACCAAUCCUGGCUCAGUCUUUGACUAUGACCCAGCAGAAGACAACAUUCAGUCCAGAAGCUUACACAUGAUCUCUGUCCAAGCCCAGCGCCGCAGCCGGGAGCACUCUCGCUCUGCCAGCGCCCUGAGCCUGAGCGGCGGCGAUGAGAAGUCAGAGCCCUCGGAAGGUGUGGAUCAACAUCUGUCCUUCUACAGCACCGGGGGCUUCUUCACCUCCACUGCCACAGUGGGCUACAAACAUGCUAAAACCAUUGAGCUACCACAGCAACGUUCCUCCUCUGUUGCCACCCAACAAACAACUGUGUCAUCCGUUCCUUCCCACCCAUCCACUGCUGGGAAGACCUACCGGGCCAUGUAUGACUACACAGCAGCUGAUGCUGACGAGGUGUCCUUCAAGGAUGGGGACACCAUCGUGAACGUGCAGGCCAUCGACGAGGGCUGGAUGUAUGGCACCGUGCAGAGAACCGGCAAGACGGGAAUGCUGCCAGCCAACUAUGUGGAGGCUGUCUGAGCCUCCCCACCUCUGCCUGCCAGCUGCCUCAGAAGCAGGCCCUGCAGAACGCUGCCUCUAACCCCACUCCUCAGAGCUGCACUUCUUCCAAUGCCAAAAAAGAAAAACAAAUGAAGUGGCUUUU